CUGUAUUUAAAGGCGCCAACAAAGACGAAGUGAAGAAACAAGGCACGAAACCUGCCAUCUUUUCGCAGAUUGCCAUACAUUGAGCAAAUUUCCGUCUGGAAUUGCCGUAGUCUGCGGUGUCCGUGUUCCUAGCCAUCAAAACAUGCCAGAGGAAACUGCAGCUUCUUCCAGUGCCGCAAGCACGGAUGAGAAACCCUGUUCAUCAAAUGCAGCUGCUGCAGCAGAAGGCCUAGAGGAUGUACUGGAAGAGGCCAAGAAAUUGAUUGGCACUGGAAACAGGCACAUGGUCAUGGGGGAUGUAGUCUCAGCAGUCAGUGUGUUCCAGGAAGCCUGUGGCAUGCUGGCUGAGAAGUAUGGUGAUACUGCUGAUGAAUGUGGUGAAGCAUUCUUCCUUUGUGGAAAAGCCUUGCUGGAACUUGCCAGGAUGGAGAAUACUGUUCUUGGCAAUGCUUUGGAUGGAGUUCCAGAGGAGUCUUCGGAGGAGGGUGAAAAGCAGAAUGACUCCAAGAUUGAAAGUGCAGAUAACCUAGAUGAAAAAACUAGGGAAGAGCUUCGAGAGCAGGUUUACGAUGCUAUGGCUGAGAAGGAAAACGUGAAUGGUGAUGCAGAGAAAACCGAAGGGACCCAAGGCAAAACUGCAGAGGAAGUGUCUAAAGAGGAGGGUACAGAAAAGUCAGAGGAAAUGGUUGUGGAAGCAACACCUGAAGUGCCUAAAGAAGUCCCUGUAAAGGAGGAGGCUGACGAGAAGCCAAAGGAAGAAAAGCUGGCCGAGAAACCAACAGUGGAGAAGCCGACAAAGGAGUCAACCAGGGAGGAGGAGUCUGCCAAGGAGCCUAAGAAGCCCAGAGAUCUCCCAGAAAAAGAUGGUGUUUCUGCCACCGAGUCACCCAUGAAAAAUGGUGUGAAGGAGUCUCCUUGCAGGGAUAAAGUUGAAACGACUGCCUCUGAGGAAGAGCCUGCCAAGAUGGAGAAUGGCGUGAAGAAUUCUGAUGAAAAUGGUCAUGGGCAAGAGCCUGAGGAUGAAGAGAUGGCAGGAGAUGAUGGUGAUGGUGAUGAUGAUGAGGAUGAAGAUGGUGAUGGAGAAGGAAAUGCUGAGGAUAAGGAGAGUGAAGAUGAAGUGGGCAACCUUCAGCUGGCUUGGGAGAUGUUGGAGGUGGCUAAAGUAAUCUACAAAAGGAAAGAAGUCAAGGAGGACCAGUUGAUGAUGGCACAGAUCUUCUUGAAGCUUGGAGAAGUUGGUACUGAAUCUGGUAACUAUGGCCAGGCCCUUGAAGACUUCCAGGAGUGCUUGGCCCUGCAGCUCAAACACCUGCCACCUCACAGUCGCCUGCUGGCAGAAACUCACUAUCAGCUGGGCAUAACCUUCAGUUUUACAAACGAGUACAGACAGGCCAUCGACCACUUCAGCAGUUCCAUUAAAGUGAUUGAGACCAGAGUGGCCAUGCUUCAGACGGUGAUUGAGAAGGCGGAGGAGGAGGCUGUGAAGGAAGAGCGAACUGAGCUGGAGGAGCUGAAGCAGCUGCUGCCUGAGAUCAAGGAGAAGGUGGAGGAUGCCAAGGAGAGCCAGAGGACUGCUGCUGCUGCCUCUGUCGCUAUUCAGCAGACCAUGGGUGGGGCCUCUACAUCAUCUGCAUUCCCAACUGAGAACGGUGCUUCUUCCUCUUCAUCUUCCACAGUUAUUAACCAGAUUCCAGUAAAGCCAGCUGAGGGGGUGGCGGCUACCUCUAAAUCAGCAUCGGACAUCUCCCACCUUGUGAGGAAAAAGAGGAAACCAGAGGAGGAGAGCCCAAAGCAGGACAGUGAAGCUAAAAAGGUCAAACAGGAGACUACAGUAAAUGGCAGUGGAGACUCCGCAAGCAACGGCAAUGGAGUUCAGGAGAAAAUGGAACAGGAGGCCUCGGCGUGAUUCCAUUUCCCUGGUGACCAGUGAUCCCUCUACCAGCAGAGCAUGUUUCCCUCUCUUCAGACAAAACCUCUGUGUUGUAAAUAAGUCCCUUUUCAUCACAAUGAUCUUUUCUUCCUUGUCCAUUUUUUUUUUUGUAUAAUUGUAGUAAAAAAUCAAUAAAGAAUAUUUGCAAAGCAA